UAAUGGGAGUUAACAGGCCCUGGUAAAGUGUGUGUUUGUGAACGACAUUUUCAGAGAGCAUAGAGUUUCAUUGAACUUUCUUACGUUUUAUAUCAUACUCGACGUAUUUAUACAUAUUUUCUCAACUCACGAUCGAGUAAACCGGAAUUCAGAAUGAUGUCGAAGUUUUUGCUACUCUUUUGCUUUACAACGCUUCACGUUUUGGGUCAGAAACAAGGUGUGUCCCCCAUAAAGAAUGACCAUCUUCCAGUUACUGUCAUAUCUGAACAGAGUGGUACUGCACAAAAUUCUGAUGCGAAAGUUUUACCAAACAGUAUAGUAAAAUCUGAGGAUCCUGUUCUAUUAGGGAAUAUUGAGAACGAAGAAAAAUUAGAUGAAAAUGCAACUACUACACAAAAUACUAGUAGUAAUGCAUCACAUACCAUGGUUGUACCACCAAAUUCUACAACUGUACCACUGGUACAUCCAGUGACUAUGACCACUACAGUUAAGCCAGUAGAUUCAACUACAGUAGAUACCACUACAGUUAAGCCUGUGGAUACCACUACAGAUAAUACUGUAGUUACUACUCCAUCAUUACCUCCUGCAUCUCCUGCUAAAUGGAUAGUCAAUGGAACAGAUAAGAUCUGCAUUGUGGUACAGAUGUCUGCAGAGUUCAACGUUACAUAUGAAAAGGCCAACCAUACGACUUCUUAUAAAGUAUUUGAUAUGCCAGUAGACAAUGCAACUACAAAAGCAACUGGAAACUGUGGCCAAUUUGAACAAGUGCUCACAUUGACGUGGUCUUCUAACAAUGAUACUAAUGGCAAUAUGUCACUACACUUUGUGAGAAAUGAAACUGCAAAAGAUUAUUUUAUUCACCAUUUAGAGGUUGUUCUUCCACGAACAGAUUUUCCAAAUACAACAUUGAAUGAAAGUAUGAUUCUGACACACAAAGCAUCGAAUUAUGUAGCUGGAUUAACCAAUUCCUACAGAUGUAUGAUGAAGCAAAAGCUGAACUUGAAGCAGAAUGGUACCAACGAAACGACUGGUUAUAUAAUUUUGUCAACGUUACAAUUUCAAGCGUUCAAAACAGAUAAUUCCACUACUUUUGGUUUAGCCAAGGAUUGUGCUUUCAAGACGUCUGAUGUCGUACCGAUAGCAGUAGGCUGUGCACUCGCAGGAUUAGUGAUUGCAGUUUUAAUUACGUACUUAAUUGGUCGUCGAAGAAACCAAUCUCGCGGCUAUCUUAGCAUGUAA